UUGCAAAUUUGCAUAAUCUAGCUUUUGAAAAAUCAAUUUAAUUUGGCUGUUUCACAGUGAGGAAUGCCUAUUUUAUGACUUGGGAUAUCUUAAAAUGGAGAACUUGCGACUUCGAAUAGACAGAGAGGAAGAUGAAUUAUUUUUUCAACCGAUUCGUUUAAGCUGGUAUAAACCACAAACAACACGUGAAAAUUAUUGUUGUUUAAGUGCUGUUAUUUGUGGGGUAUUAGCUUUGAUCUUUUUAAUUUGUGUAAUUGCUUUAGCUGUAAAAGUAAAUAAAAAAUCUGAAGUUAUAAAUUCUGAAGAUCUUUGUUUGACUUCACAAUGUUUAACAUCAGCUGCAACAUUAUUAAAUUCAAUGAAUAAUUCAGCGGAUCCAUGUGAAGAUUUUUAUUUGUAUUCCUGUGGAAAAUGGAUCAAGGAACAUAAAAUAAAUGAACUUCCAUCUGAAAGUUCAUUUUAUAAUUUACAAGACGAAAUUUACAUGACAUUAAGAGAUAUAUUAGACAAUUCUGAGGUAAAAGAUGCUCCUCAAUUUAUUAAAUCUUCAGUUAAUUUGUAUCGUUCUUGUUUAAAUUCAAAAAACAGUGAUAUAAACAACAACUUUUUACAAAUAAUGAAUGAAAUUGGAGGAUGGCCUCUUACCAAUGAAAGUUGGCAACCAUCUGAAGAUGUUUAUAAAUAUAUAGCUAAUGCUAUAUCAAUACUAAAGAUUGAACCGUUAUUUAAAAUUGAUGUAAAACCUGACGACAAAAAUACAACAUUAAAUAUUAUCAGUAUUUCUCAGCCUGAACAGAUAAAUAUAUCCGAUGUGAUAAUAUUUUUAGAAAAGUCAGUAAAAAUAAAUAUAACAGAUUAUAAGAAUGAUAUAGAAAAUAUGAAGAAAUUAGAUCAAAUAAUUAAGGGAAGAGGCAUACCGAUGGGUAGUCCCACAUCGGCGAUUCUAUGCGAGUUGGUCUUACGGCAACUCGAAAACAAAAUUCUACCCGAAUUCCAACACCUUAUCAUUUUGUACGCCAGAUACGUCGACGAUAUAUUCAUCUUGUGGCAACGAAAACCUAACCUACAGCAAUUUUUGGAUAGGAUCAAUAAUAACCCUUACGGUUUAUUACCACAAGUGGACCAGGAGAGUGAUAGUAUUGGAAGAGGCAUACCGAUGGGUAGUCCCACAUCGGCGAUUCUAUGCGAGUUGGUCUUACGGCAACUCGAAAACAAAAUUCUACCCGAAUUCCAACACCUUAUCAUUUUGUACGCCAGAUACGUCGACGAUAUAUUCAUCUUGUGGCAACGAAAACCUAACCUACAGCAAUUUUUGGAUAGGAUCAAUAACAACCCUUACGGUUUAUUACCACAAAUGGACCAGGAGAGUGAUAGUAUUGUAAAUUUUUUGGACAUUUCCAUCGCUUGCAGACAGGGAGAAAUCAAGACCGGCAUAUACAGAAAACCAUGCUAUCAACCCACUUUAAUUCCGCAUAAUUCAAUCGAUCCGCAUCACAUCAAAUUGGCAGCCUUUAGGUCCUGGAUAAAAAGGGCUUAUACACAUUGUUCUAGUAUAAAAGACACGAUGGCAGAGCUAAACUACAUUCUAAAGAUUGCGGAACAACAGGGAUAUCAAAAGGAAAUCAUAAAGAAUCUUAUUACAACCUUCCGAACAACUAAACAAUGA